AUGUUAUGUUCCUUUUACAAGUUAUUUUCUAAUCAUAAAACAAUCAAGAUUGUUAUCUAUAACGAAAUGAUACAACAAAUGUUUCAUUCGUUCGCAUUCAUGAUGAUAAUAUUUCCUAUUGAAUCACUUUCUAUGCUAGAAACAUUCAUUGGAUUGAAAAAAGAAAUAAACACUGAGCACAAAAGAGAUAUGCAAAAUGAAAUAUUCUUAUUUCCUAGACCUGACAUUAUUCAUCAUCACCGAGAUGACUUCUCUUUUGACAAUAUAUACAUACCCUACCUUCAUAAAUCGAUUAGUUCUUUCUACUAA